ACAGAUGUUCAUUUUGAUCAGAAAAUGUUAUCAGUUUAUUCAUAGUUAAAUUCCACCAGCAUGUCGUUCACUCGCCAAAUUCUAGUUUUCAUUGCCAUUUGGGCUUUGUUAAUUUAUAUUUUCAUUACAAAAUUGAAUGCUACUGGUGGAGAAAAUGAAUCUGAAGAUAUGCAAAAGUUAAAUCAAGCAAUUUCGAUGCUUGAGAGGUCGAAAUCAAUUGACAAUGAUUUGAAGCGGCUCCUUGACGAUUAUAAUAACGAUGCUGCAAGUAAUGAUGCCAAAGCUGAUUUACUCAAACAAAUACAUUUAAAGUUUCAAGAUAAUUUUGAGACUCAAGAUUCACUUCAAGAUUCAUCACAACAAAAUCAACGAACAGGAAUUCCAUCUCUUGAAUAUGAGCUACUUCGUCGGCGUAUAGGCACGAAUAUCCUUGAAUAUUGGAAUUAUAUGUCGUCAGAAGCUGAAAAACUUCAGAAAUUAUUAAGUAACGAAGUGGAAUCUCAUCAAUCGCAAAAGAUUUUAACUGAUUUUGUUCAGUUAUCGAGAGAGCAUAAAAGAUCUCUUUUAAAUGACUUUGAUCAAAUGACGAAGAAUGAUGGAUACGAAAAUUACCGUCACACGGAAGCAAAAGCAUUAUCAGAUCUUGUACAAAAAAGACUUUAUUACCUUCAAAAUCCAACAGAUUGUGCAACAGCCAAGAAAUUAGUGUGUAAAAUCAAUAAAGGCUGUGGAUGGGGAUGUCAACUGCACCAUAUGGUUUAUUGUUUCAUUAUGGCCUAUGCAACAGAAAGAACUUUAAUAUUGAAAUCAAAAGGCUGGCGAUAUCAUAAAGGAGGAUUUGAAGAAAUAUUUCAACCAGUUAGCAAAACUUGCUUAGAUGAACGUGGUGCAUCGAUGGGUGCUUGGCCUGCUAAUGAGAAUGUUCAAGUUCUAACAGUUCCAAUCAUUGAUUCCCUCAAUCCACGUCCAUCAUUUCUUCCACUAGCAAUUCCAGCUGAUUUAGCACCACGACUCACAAAACUUCAUGGCGAUCCGAUUGCCUGGUGGAUUGGACAAUUUGUUAAAUUCCUUUUGAAGCCUCAACCAGAAACCCAAGAAAUGCUUGAUAAUGGAAGGAAGAAGCUUGGAUUUAAAAAGCCAAUCGUUGGAGUUCACAUUAGACGAACUGAUAAAGUUGGGACUGAAGCAUCAUUUCAUAGUCUUGAUGAAUAUAUGCGUUCAGUAGAUGAAUAUUAUAAUCAACUAGAGAUGGUUCAAUAUGUGGAGAAGAGAAGAGUUUUCCUCGCCAGUGACGAUCCAAAAGUAAUUGACGAGGCAAGGAAAAAUUAUCCCCAUUACGAUGUAAUUGGUGAUCCAGAAAUUGCCAAAAUUGCUGCAGUUUCAACGAGAUACACAGACUCAUCUCUCAAUGGAAUUAUGUUAGAUAUCGAUCUACUCUCAAAGAGUGAUUUUCUUGUAUGUACAUUUAGUUCUCAAGUUUGUAGAGUAGCAUAUGAGAUUAUGCAGACAGUGUAUCCUGACGCCUACAAUAGAUUUAAAUCUUUAGAUGAUAUCUAUUACUAUGGAGGACAAAACAGUCAUAACGUGAUAAGUGUUCUCGAUCACAAACCCUCAACUCAUGAUCAAAUUCAAGUGAAAACUGGAGAUUUAAUUGGUAUUGCUGGAAAUCAUUGGAAUGGAUUUUCAAAAGGCAAAAAUUUGCGAACAAAUCAAAAUGGUCUGUUUCCAUCAUUUAAAGUGAACGACAAAGUGGAAGUUGCUAAUUUUCCAAAGUACAGUCAUGUUGAUGAAAUGUAAUUUCAACAAAUAAUUUUAAGAUUUUUUUUUAAUUUUUAAAUGAAAUAUGAAAUAAAAUGAUAUUUUUGUUUAAUUCUAUCAAUUUAUAACAAAU